AUGAAGGUCUCUGACGCCCUCUUCUCUGGAACUGUCCACGACUCGAUGGCCCUUGAUGCCGAGAAUUACGACAAACUCUCGGACUGCCUCGACAAGGAGACGGCCGUCUACUUUGCCUCGGUCUAUGCUGGGCAAGAGGUCUCCUACAAGAAGGUCAUGAGGGUGGUCCCUAGGGAUAGUGUCGUGGCUGUGUUGGAGGAGGCUUCUUAUACGGGUCAUGCCAUUGAUAAGAGCCAUGCACUAAUUAAAGGGAAGCUGCGGGUGGCGUCGCUCAUCUUCUGGAAGUUCAAUCUGCUUCUUGGGCUCAUCCAAUUAGGGUUCCAAAACGUGGUUCUUCAUGGGAACAACACCGUCUCAAUGGGGUUUACGAGUAGAGUCGCGUUCGGAGUUUUGUGUUGUUUACUGCUUUGCGCGUUGAUCCUGUUCAAACUCGUCGUUUACACAGUAGUCUGCUUCGUGUGCAAGUCGCACCAUCGUGAGAAGGUCAAUAAGUUGGCACUCUCGGAUCAUCUCGAAGUUUAUCUUGGUGAGUAUGUUCCUCUGGUUUCCAUGGAUGUUCAGUUGGAACAGUAUAACGUUUGA